AUGCUCACAGGCGCCGAGAUCGCAAAGCACAACUCGUCAGAGAGUCUGUGGAUGAUCAUCAAUGGCAAGGCGUACGACUUGACAGAGUUCCAGACGAACCACCCAGGAGGGCAGAAGAUCCUGCUCAAGUUUGCGGGACGAGAUGCGACGGAGGAAUACGAGCCUAUCCAUCCCCCAGGGACUAUUGAAGAAGCGCUCUCGGCAGACAAGCACCUCGGCGACGUCGACAUGUCUACCCUGCUGCCGGAGCAGAAGAUCGUCGAGCAGGCUGUUCCCAAGUCCACGACUGCUGGAGACGCGCCUAUGACGCUCGGAGCGUGCUUGAACUUGGACGACAUCGAGAAGGCGGCGGAGCGGCUGCUGAAACCGAAGGCUUGGGCUUACUACCGAAGCGCAGCAGACGACGAGAGGACUCACAACUGGAACCGCGAAUCGUUCUACUCCGUCCGCCUCCGCCCUCGCGUCCUGCGCGACGUCACGACCGUCGACUUGAGCGCCACCGUCUUGGGCCACACGUCGAGCUUGCCGAUCUACAUCUCGCCUGCUGCGAUGGGACGAUUGGCGCAUCCGGACGGCGAGAAGUGUCUCGCUCGAGUGGCUGCGGCACAUCAGAUCCCAUACAUGGUGUCGGCAAACGCGUCUGUCGGCUUCGAGGAGCUCGCCUCGCAAGCAAAGGAGGGUCAGAUCCUCUUCUACCAGCUCUACGUCAACCGCGAUCGGACCAAGAGCGAGGAUAUCCUGCGGCGAGUGGCGAAGGCAGGCUACAAGGCGAUCUGCGUCACCGUCGACGCCCCUGUAGCGGGAAAGCGGGAACGUGACGAGCGAGCUAAGCUCGACGACGAAGCGGCCUCGGACCCGAACAUGCAGAAGGCAGUCAAGAAUACGGGUCCCGAUGCGCCUGACGCGCCUCAAGACGAGCCUUCGCAGGGUAUCGCCCAAGCACUCGGAAGCUACGUCGACCCGACUCUCGCCUGGCACGAUCUCGAAUGGGUUCGCAAGGCAUCAGGUGGUCUUCCCAUCAUCGUCAAAGGUAUCCAGUGCGCCGACGAUGCCGCCCUCGCAGCCAAGAACGGCGCGCAGGCGAUCAUUCUCAGCAACCACGGCGGACGACAGCUCGAAGGCGCGCCGAGCUCGCUCGAGACGCUCCUCGAGAUCCGCAAGUUCGAGCCGUGGGUGUUCAAGAAGCUCGAGGUGUGGUGCGACGGAGGCUUCAGGCGUGGGACAGACGUUCUCAAGGCGAUUGCGUUGGGCGCUCGCUGCGUCGGAAUCGGUCGACCUUUCAUGUACUCGCUCGUGUUCGGUGACGAAGGCGUCAACAAGGUCGCCACGGUGCUGCGCGAAGAACUUGCCCAAAACGCACGGCUGAUGGGCGCGACGAGCAUGAAGGAGGUCGUGCCGGCGAUGGUCAACGCUCGUGAGCUGGAGCAGAACGUCUACGACGGACCGUACGAGUCACCAGUGAGGGCGCUGGCCAAGCUGUAG